AUGAUUCAACAAGAUGAUACUUUGAUUGAAGAGAAUCAAUUCAAUGAAAAUAAAAUAGAAGAAAUUUUAUUAAAUGAUGAUAAUAGUGAAAAACAGCAAACAACUGAAAUGGAAGAAGCAUUUGAAGUUAUUCCAGAAGAUCGAAUCCCUACACCAGAACCUGAGAAUUGGAUAAAAGCUGAUAUGGAAGAAGAUGCAAUUGAUUUAGGUGAUUAUCAUGUGAUUGGUGGUAUUAUUCGUUUUGAAUUGCUUACUCUACCUCGACAACCUAAAACAGUUAAAGGUUGGACUAUUACAACUUGUGUAAAACCUCCAAAACUUCAUCCAUUUGAAUAUAUAGUUGAUACAUCAGAAGAAAUAAAAACAGAAAAUGAAUCUGUAAUGGAAGAAACCCCACGAAAACAAGAGAAGAAAGAAGAAAGACCACCAAUUCAAGUUAAAAUUCGUAUACCGAAAUCUAUAAUCAUUGUAGAAGAUCCUUUAUUAGCUAGAUGGGAUCCAGAGAAAUUACAGUGGCGUACAACAGGUAUUCAAUUAAUUAAAUUUAAUGAAGAUGAUAAUACUAUCGUAUUUAAUACAAGUGUAUUUGGUACAAUGGCUAUAUUUCAAGAUUUUCAUAUUAAUAUGCCAUUUCAAUAUUGGGAAUUACGUCCAUUACCAUUAAGAAGAAAUGAUCUAAUCAAUACAACAGUACAAUCAAUUCAUUCAGAUCCAAUAAAUGAUCCGACAAAUAUUAAAAACUCUUUAAUAACAAAUGAACAUCAAUCAAUUACAAUGAUCAAAUCAACUACACCUAUUACGAAAUCAAAUAAGCCAAUGAAUCAAGAAGUGAUUACAGCUAGUUCCCCUGAACCAAUUGGAAUAGAACACAAUCAGAAUGGUAUUACGGAUAAAUCGACUGAAUGUAUCAUUCUUGGACCUGUAACAACGCUUGGUUUAUCUAAUGAUGAAUAUCAAUCAAUAUUACAAUCAUCCUCAAUAACAAAUCAAUGUUUAUUAAUUAUAAUGGGUGGUUGUAUUGAACUUCGAUUACAUAUUUUAGGUGAUCGAAUAUCAAUACUUCCAAGUAUUCCAGUAACUGAAACAAUAAAAGGAAUUGGUGGUGAUAGUUCAAUGAUUAAUGGAUCAAGUAAAGGUAUAAAUGUAACUGAGAGAAAUGAUACAGAUAUAUUAAAACAUUCUAAACGAGAAUUAAAUCAUUUAUGGGGUAAAUGGUUUACAUUAAAUGAGUUAAUCACUGUAUUACAACAAUCAGGUAUGAAUAUAUUUCCUAGAGAAGAUUCAGUCAGUAGAAUUGAUUGCCUUAACAAGAAUCGUCUUGUUGAAGAAAAUCUAUAUCAACAUAUGGCAUUAUUAAGUCCAUCCAUGGCUUUUGGUUGGUCAAGAUGGAAUAGUGAAUGUCAUGAUGAUCAUACAAUCAUUGUAACAGCUGUUGAACACAUAGAUCAUGAAGAUUCAGUUGAUGAGGAAUCAUGGAAAGUGUAUAGUGUAACCAGGAAAAAGGUUCAACAAUUAGAAAUGAAAGAAUAUGAUGAACAAUUCAGUCCAUUAUCUAAUCCUAAUCAAUCUUUCCAUGCAGAUUUUUAUCACAUGUAUAUGGAUUUUGGAUGUGACGAAGGUAAACGACGAGUUGAAGAGAUAGAUUUAAAAUAUUUUAAAACUGUAAACAAAUUACUUCAAGCCACUCGCCUUUUAGUUUUCUCUUAA